UCUUGAUGUGAUGUUAUGUAUCUCAGAAUUCUGGUUUUGUGUUGUUUUUUCUUAUGCUGUCUAAAAAACCAAAUUCUAGUUGCUGCUGAAUUCCGAUUCUGUUGGAUUAAACUGCAAGGAAAUAAUUGUCUUGAAAUCCAAUUUCAUGUUUCGAUUGGUUGGACUGAAUUCUGUGUUUCGCAGGUGAAGGACGUCAUGAAAAAGCAAGAGGAGCUUCCUGUCUGCCGGGAAGGAGAUAUGAUUAUGGAUCAGCUAGUAGAGCUAACUAGUAAAGGAUGUGGAUGCCUUCUUGUUAUUGACGAUCAGUACCACCUGAUAGGCACAUUUACUGAUGGAGAUCUGCGGCGCACCCUGAAAGCUAGUGGGGAGGGGAUUUUCAAACUCACAGUAGGGGAGAUGUGCAACAGGAACCCGAGGACAGUUGGUCCAGAUGCAAUGGCAGUUGAAGCAAUGGAGAAGAUGGAAUCUCCUCCAUCUCCGGUUCAGUUCUUGCCAGUCAUCAAUCAUCAGAACAUCUUAAUUGGUAUUGUUACACUGCAUGGAUUGGUCUCUGCUGGCUUGUGAACUUAGUAAGGUUGUCAUGCGCUCUAUUCUAUCUUCUGUUUGUACAAUAGUAAUUCUUUGUAAUGUUUUUUCCUUGACCCUGCCUUAGCGAGAGCCUCGUGCACUAGGUCGCUCUGACUUCUCUUCUAAUGAGGUGGUGUAUCUGUACUUUAGAUGAUUAAUUUUGUUGUUGCCAAGAAUGUCACGAGGUAAUAUUGUAUUCUUUAUUGUAAAAUCUAGUGAGUUUCUUGAGCUUCCUAUCUUAUAUUUUUCUUGAAAACUUGAAUAUGUAGUUUUUAUAUUCAUUGUAUUUAUUGUAUUCUUUAUUGUAAAAUCUAGUGAGUUUCUUCAGCUUCC